UUUCCGCGGUGCCCCGGUGCGCUCAUUGGUGCGUCCCUCCAACGUGUCACUAGUUUUGGUGGAUUACCCCAGAUAUCUUCAGCAUCAAGAGGGUGAGACACCACUCUGUUCUCUCAGCUCCUCUCUUCUCGGUGCCCUGCUGCUAACAAGAACGUGACAACCUUUGGGAAAAGAAGAACUCAGUGGAAAGGAUUUGACCAUUUUUAUUCGUCGCCUGCUCACUCCAAGUGCAAUAAUGCACUCAUUAUCUUCAUCCUGGAGGAUGACGCCGUCCUUCUCACUCAUAGCAUUUCUGUUAGUGGGACCCUUGGUGUUAAAGGGUCUCCGGGUCAGCGCCUCCCAGGGCUGCGCGUCCUGUGGCUUGCCAGCGAUGGACAAAGACGCAGAGCAGAGGAUGAUGAUAGAGUUCGCCAAACAGCAACUUCUGGACAAACUGCACCUGAAAGAAAGACCAAAUAUCACUCAAACGGUGCCCCGGGUGGCGCUCCUCACUGCGCUGCGCAAACUGCACUCAGGGCGCGUCAGACAGGAUGGCACUCUCGAACUAGAGAACAAUUUACCAAUCAAAGAUCAAGGCUAUGAAAUAGUGAGCUUUGCAGAUAUAAAUGACCCAGAGAGUGGUGACAAGGCCAGCCUAAGCCUUACAUUUCAGUUUCUGCAGGAACGAGGGAAGAGUAUCCAGGUCCUCCAGUCCUCCUUGUGGAUCUAUGCUCGCUCCUCUGAGGAUCCUCACCGAAGCUCUCGUCUCCUUGCUCGGGUCUUCCUCUCUGCUGACGGAGAGAUCUCAGGCUCUAAUCGCACCCUGGUGAUAGAAAAGAUGUUGGAGGUUCAAGAGAGUAAUUGGCACACUUUCCCCAUCACCCGCACUCUGCAGGCCUUCUUGGAUGGAGGCCAACGGCGACUACAUCUUGAGGUCAGCUGCGAGGAAAAUGGGAAGAACCUUUGUUCCCUAGAGGGCUUUGCUGACACCCCUAACCAGCCCUUCCUUGUAGCCCAGGUGCGUCUUAAUGACAACUACUCUAAGCAUUCAAUCAGAAAGCGUUCAUUACGUUGUGGUGACGACGUAACAGUCUGCUGCAAGAGAGACUUCUAUAUCAAGUUCAAGGAUAUCCAGUGGGAUGAGUGGAUCAUUGCACCUGAAGGCUACCACAUGAACUACUGCAUGGGUCAGUGCCCCCAACAUCUGUCUGGUUCUCCAGGCAUAGCGUCCUCUUUCCACGCCACUGUCUUCAGCCAACUCAAAGUCAACGGUAUCAACACAGCUACCGCUUCCUGUUGCAUUCCCACUGAACGUCGACCACUCUCCAUGGUCUACUUUAACUCUCAGCACAGCAUUGUCAAAACGGACGUCCCUGACAUGAUAGUGGAGUCAUGUGGUUGCACAUAAAAAAUAUGUGAAAAACUUUGUAAAUUCACAGACUUAAAGAAACACACAAACACAAACUAACAGCAGAGAUAUGUUUAGCGUCUGUUAGUUUAACUCAAAGGACUAUAAGCUACAAAAUCAGACAUGUCCAUGGGUUCUAAAUGUUUAUUUUUGUAUAAUUUUCAUGUGAUUUUUAUUUAAUCUCUGUAUAAUAUUAAUAGUGUUUUAGAUUUGUUUGUCUUUUUUUUUUUUUUUUUUUUUGAGGGUAUUAAGAAACAAGUUUGACCAACUUCCCUGGUUUCAAAUUUAUGAUUGUUAUUGAAACUUUUAGUUUUAGAAAUAAUCUAUCCCUUAUUCUUGAUUUGAUUCUAAAGUCUUGAAAUAUCCACUUUAUAGAAAGUUGGACAUUAUGUAAAAUGUAUAUAUAUAAAAAGGCUGCAAAUAUUUAAAAAUCCUUAAAAUCUAGCAUUUUAUUGGAAGUAGUACAAAUCCAUCACACCAUUUUCAAACUCUACAACUGUGCCCAUUAUUUUAUGUUUUUUUAUUUUUCUUAAGGAAUAUUCAAGGAAAAUCCUCUUUGAAAUUUCUAAGCCUGUAAAUAUUUUAGUGCCUGAGUGAUGAGAGUGAACAAAAGUAAAUUUAUAUAUUAAGUCUGACUGAAAACCAAAAAUUUUUCUCAUUGAAUUUGUUUCCCACAGUUGCUGCAGGUAUUCACUGCAAAGAUGCUGUUCAGUAUUUUAUGGAUAAGAGGGAAAACAGACAACAUGAAGUAUAUUUACUAUGUUUACAAUAUUUU